CCUCGGUGUUGAUAGAGGUCCACAUUCCCGUGUUGUUUUUUAAACCAUUCAUUCUUUGUGAGGCAGAAGUUGCAUGCUGCAUGCUUAAACAUGGGUAAAAGAAAUAAUCUGAAAAGGCGUAAAAUGACUAAAACCACUAAGCCCACUAAAAAGGCUGCUGUAGAGGAAAUAUGUGAAAUCCCAAGUGAGGACAAGGAUUUCAAGGGCUUUAAGUCUGAGACCCCCGUGGACCUCUCGGAAGACAGUCGGGAUAGCCUGCAUUCUGAGGACUCUGGAAAGGCUGAUCUGUGCUUCCGCUCUAAGUACAUCACAGACAAACUGGCCCACAUCUUCAUGGACACGGACAGUGAGGAGGAGUUUGAGGGGUUUGCCAACGACGAGAAGACUUCACACAGAGGCCGGAAGAGAACAAAGUCGUUAGACUCCGAAGAGGACAGCGACGAGGACACCGGCUUCUAUUCCGAGGGCGAGGGGGCUGUGCCACCCAGGCGGCAGAGUUCCGGGCUGUGCGUGGCGUUCCGUUUCCCCGUCAAGAAGAACUCUUCCCUGAAAACCAAAACCCCGGCGGCCGUGAUCAAGAAGCCCCAAAACGGCAAACCCGCCGCGGAGAAGAGGAGAGGCGCCGGAGCACGGCAGACACGACAGAAAGCCGUCGUCCAGCCGCCUAGCAGACCACAAAGGGGUGUGGUCACAGCGAAGCGGCGAGGUAAGCAGCCGUCAGAUGAAGAGGAGGAAGAGGAGGAGGAGGAGAAGAAGAUGGAGGAUGAUGAUGAAGCAGAGGAGGAGAUGUCAGAAGUGGACACCCAGGCCCUCAGCAAGCGAGCCAGGAAUAUCCAGGAGAACAAAGCCAUGCUGGCAAAACUCUUUGCUGACCUGAACGCCAUGGAGCAGAUCUCCCCUCUCACCACCCCAAAAAAGAAGAAAUCGCACCAGAAGAAAUCGGUGUCCGAGGCCCAGAGCGAGAGGCGGAACCCCUCGCGGAAGGCCCGUCCUCGCGAUCACUUCGGCAUCGAGGAGGAGCUCCCGAAAAUUGUCAAGCAGUUCACAUUAAAGAAGGAAGACCUGCGCAGACUAGUGGAGAGGGCGGACUCCGAGUCUCGUGGUGGGAAGAAAAAACGACGCUCCAAGAUGAACCGCUCCUUCCUGCCCGUGGAGGACAUCACUGAGGACGACCUGACCAACGUAGCCGACCGAGCAAGCGACAAGAUCCUCGACAAAGAAAACGGCAGCACGUGUCAUCAGUGCAGACAGAAGACGCUGGACACCAAGACCGUGUGCAGGAGCCUCGACUGUGUAGGGGUCAAAGGUCAGUUCUGCGGACCCUGUCUCCGGAACCGCUACGGAGAAGAUGUCCGAACAGCACUCCUGGAUCCUGAGUGGGAGUGCCCCAUCUGUAGGGGCAUGUGCAACUGCAGCCUGUGCCGCAAGCGGGACGGACGCUGUGCCACCGGUGCCCUCACCCGCCUGGCCAAACACUACGGCCACAGCAGCGUCAGGGACUACCUGGAAAGCCUCCAGAAGCAGCUGUCAUGAAUGCACUUUUCACCUGUUCACCUGUAGAGGGCGCUCUUUCCCCAGGACCCAACCAGAUGAGGGCCUCUCUCUGUUUUCAUCUCCACACAAAGCCAGUCAGCAUAGAGCAGGUUUUUAGUGGUGGGCCUGAAAUCUUAGCUGUUUUUAAGGUUUUUUUUUUAAAAAAAAAAAAACUUGAAUAUUACACUUUUAACAUAACUUGAACAUGAUUGUUCUCACUCUUAAUGUUUUUAAUUUUAGACACUGGAAUAUAAUUCCAUUAGAUUUUAAACAUUAUAAAAAAAAACUUUCAGUACAUAAGCACAACGGUUUGUAUAUGAUGUGAAUGUUAUGACGUUUGGGAGUCUCAAAAGGAAUAUAUGUAUACAGUUUGUUUGAUUGAUUGUUCGUUUGUUCAACCAUUUAUUUCUUUUCUCCGUUACCAGAGGUCUUUAUAAUCAAUAAAGAUGUAGCUCAGUCUUUUAA